AUGGAUUCACCUGUCAGCUAUACAAGGAAUCCAGCCUACAGCCCCUUCACCGACGCCGAGGUUGAACGAAGAGGCGCGUGGCUCCCUUUGCAGCCGAAUGUGACGGCAACGGAUGAAGAUGGUUCUAUGUUGUAUGAACAACGCGACUUUACUUUACUCUGCACUAUAGUCUCGCACAACGACACGAGAGCUCUUCGGGAGUAUCUUGCCAAUGGGUCAUGGGCCGUCCCGAGAGCGCCCGAUAUUCCCUCUGAACUUAUUCGGGAUACCCUACGUAUGGACUACUUCCAUGUUGCCGCUUUAAACGGAUGUCUCGGUGUACUGCAGAUGCUCCUCGCCUAUGGGACCAAGGGAGACGUUUCAAACCCUGCACCAAUUCGGUUCAAGGAGCGCGGUUACGAGUUAUUGCAUGAGGCAGUCAAAUGGGGUCAUAUCGACGUCGCUAAAUUCCUACUCGAAAAUCAGCCACUAUAUGCUGAUAUCCACGAACGGGAUCCCCAUGGGCUCACUCCAAUACUAUCAGCAGCAAACUUCUAUCCGACCAAGUUUUUUAUACUGGGCUCUGAUGAAGCUGGUAACCCACCCAGAAACGAGGGAAUUGUCAAUCUUCUACUCGACUAUGGCGCCUCUGCAAGUGAUGUCAUUGACUAUACAGAUAUGGACGCGUUAUCUGAAACAGUCCUCACUCUAGCUUCAAGUUGGGCAGGCGCUGUGUUGAUCAAAAGGCUUAUCGAGGGAGGCGCAGAGAUUCGUACCAAGGUGACCAAAACGAAACGGGCGAUGAAAUUCUGGAACCAACCUGGAGAUACUUUUGAAGUUGACGCACUUUUCGUUGCAUGCGCUUUUGCAAAUUUCGACGCUGUCAAAACCAUAUUUGGCAGUGUUCAGGGUAGCAUGCAAACCCAAGAGAUGUGCCACUCUCAAGAUAGCCGUGGAACCCUGCCUAUCCACUGGGCUACCCAAAACGCUAUCCUAGGUGGAGGCUCAGAAUUUCCUGCCUGGGUAUUGCAGGAGAGGGUACCGAACAUCACAGCCGUUAUCGACUUUCUUCUGAAUUUGGAUCCCACGACGAUCAAUGUUCAGGAUAACGACGGAAACACACCGCUGCAUUACGCUGCCCGGGCGAUGGGCCGCCAUGACGCGCUGUACGCUCCUGUUUUCACAUUUCUAUGUGAAAGGGGCGCAGACGCCAGCAUUCGCAAUCACAAGGGCCAGACGCCUCUACACUCUUUAUUCAAGCUCGAUGGUAUCGAAUCACACUAUGAGACAUCGAAUGAGCGGGCGCCUGUUAUGGAUACAACGGCUAUACUAACAUUGCUUGCGCACGGCGCAAAUGUAACGGAUGCCGAUGAUGAUGGCAAUACGCCUUCGCAUCUAGUAGCCGAUACCUUGUGUUAUGGCAAUGCUGCGUCGCUUCUUCUCGAUCACGGCGCUGAUCCUGCCCGGCAGAACUCGAAACAGGAAACGGCUCUGCACAGAGCUGCCCGUGGUACCUAUCGGCCGAAGGCUUUGAGAAUUAAAGCUGGGGAGAAGAUUAAGGCGCAAGAUGAAGUAAUAGGAAUGUUGGUAAAGGUUGGAGGAGAUGGACUGAUGGAACUCGUAGAUGCAGAGGGUAAGAGCCCACGACAGUUGUGCGAGGAGAAGAGGGAAGCUUGGAAAGAGCAGGAUAUUCCGGCGUGGAAACGACAGCAGAACCAAUUCGGCCGCAUUCCCCGAGGUGGGGCUAGUCGUGGUGGUCGAGGUGGUAGAGGAGGUUGA